UAAACUCAUUAUGUUAUGUUAAUGUAGAGAUUGCAUGAAGCUAGCUUUUGUUAGAUGUCAGUGGGAAAUAAGAUAGUUUGUAUAGUUAUCUAUAUCACCAUGCAUGUUUAUAUUCAAUGCUACAAUUAGACUCGGAGAGCUGUUUGUGUCUGCAUUAGUUCUUUGAGCAAAGGCCAACAUACCCCCAAAUAGAAUACCUGGGAGGCCCCAAAUUAUAGAUGAGAAAUGUAAAAAAUUGUACCCUGUUUCCUGGUGUGUGGGUCUAGCAUAUCCCAAAUCUGUUUGCUCAGAAUAAGGGCACAAACUAGGAAAUCCCACAUUAUUAUGAAAAAAGAAAAGAACUAUGGAAGUGUCCUGAUAGAGUUAUGAAUUACAAAUCUCAAGGAAUUUCUAAGACUUAAUUUGGUAGAUGUAUGUAACCACGCAUCUGGGUGGAGGUUGUCAGAUUGCACAGUCUGGUUUAUAAUUUGAUGUACAUAUCCUAACAAGUUGAUGCUGUACAAUGAAACUUUGUGUCCAGUGAAGCAGUUAGAGACUUAUUAAAAUCCUGAGAUAAAUGAUAGACUAGAAUUCAGCACAUCUGUUAUACCCUUGUAACAACGUGGAAUGUCUGUGUUUAUGUAUCUUCAGAAUCGUGGGAAAGGAACAAUCUUGGGAUGGGGGGCUGCUGGGGGAGGUUCCCAGUGUUGGGGAUGACUGUGCUGAGCGGUCUGAGGGCCCCGCGGUUAGUCCCUGCACUGGGGCUGGGUCCGCCAGCAGAGGAAGCAGCGCGUGCCAGGACGGAGGCAGGGCGAGUGUGAGGGCUGAGCCUGUGGGUCUGAAUCUCCCUUCCGUCUGACAGGGCGAUUCUCAAUGGCUGAUGCCGAGAAUGGGGAGCAGGGCCACGCAUCUUGCCUUCGAAGUUGGACUUAGAACUGAAUCUCGGGGGAAGCACUGAAGAAUGUUAAGGCGGGAGCAUUAGAUGCUUUCCUUAGGUCAGCAUAGUUGGUGUGCUUUUUUGGUUUUGCUGCUCUUUUUUUCUAAGUUGAAGUCGUGUAAUCAAGAUUCCAAAGAGUUAAACAAAGGAACCGAUUUAGUGCACUGUUACUAUGUCAGGAAAUUAAAGGGCUUGAGAUAGUUUCAGUUUCCUCUCUAAUAUUAAUUUAGCCUGAGCAUUGGGCAGAGCCAUCCAUUGAAGUCGAAAAGUCUCCAAGUAGUAUGCACUUUAAUUGCCUCACACUUUCGUUGGCCAAUUUAAAUUGUAUUAAUUAUAGUAGUAAUUACUGUAGUGAUUUAAAAGUGCCAGUAAGAGUUAGGGACAAGUUGCCACAUGUUUCUAAGAAUAGUGUGUAGCAUGUAGUAGGAAGUGCAGAAUUCUUGCGCAUUAUGGGAAGUGUUCAGUUACAUUAUACUGGGUCAUACUUGCGUAUAAGCAGGCGAUUGCCAGAUAAUGUUUGUUUACUGCAGUGAUUUUGCAAAUUCAUCCUAGUCAAUAGGGCUGUACUGUCCAGUACAGCUGUUGGCUCUUUAAAUGUGACUAUUCAAAUUAGUGAAAAUUAUGUAAAAUUUAAAAUUCAUUUCCUUGCUCCCACUAGCCACUUGUGGGUAGUGGCUGACAUAUCAGAUAGUCCAGAUGGAGGACAUCUCCAUCGUUGCAGAAAAUUCUGUUAGUGCUACUCUAAACGUUGUCUUCUUUUACAAAUAUCUUAAAAGCCAUUUAAUAUUGAAAUAUUUACAGUUUAAAUGAUAUAAUUUGAUUCAAAAUAAUUGGGCAGAAGGGAGAAUGGGACGCUAUGGAGGAAACAAGAUUUGCUGUAAGUUGAUAAAUGGUGAAGCUAGGUUUAGGGUCUGUGAGGUGUCAUCAUAUUAUUCUCAUUAUUCAGAAAUCGUGUAUGUUUGAAAUUUUUCAUAAUAAAGAAUUAAAACAGAAGCCUUAAAUAGGAACAGUGCUCCCACCAGCCUACAAAAGGGCGUCUGAAUCUCCGUACCCCCCCCCACCCCCCGCCUCCCACACCCCCCCGGGGGACUGGUGGCAGGGAGGGAGUUAGUCCUGCCCCAGGGCUUCCCCUAAAGGGUACGCAUGGUACCACAUUUUUGUUUAAUGUUCAUUUCAUUCCCCCCUCGAAACACACAGGUAACAGCCCAGGCUCGCAUUUGUUCAGAAGAGUUGGAGCUGCCCAAAUGAAUCUUGUGGGUAGAAUGUGCUAGGUUAUGAUAUUAUAUCAGAAAUUCAAGUGGUGCUGACAUUAAUGUUAGCCAACUCAAAACAGUGUUCCUAAUGAAAAGAAUAGAGUCCUUUACUGGGUGGUUGGCUUCGGUCUGUUCACAGCCAGAUCAGUCAGUUCUGUCUCUGGUUUCCUGCUUACCAGCUCCUACGGUGAUGGCGCUGGGAGAGAGAAAGAGGGGGUUGUCUAGAAACCCCCUGGCCUGAGAAGAAAGCCAUCAGUGAACACUGUCACCGUGCCACCAGAGGGCUGUUUGCAGUUGCUCCAGAAACGUGCCCAUUUCGGUCUCCCACUGCAUCUCUAACAAAUGGUGGCAGGGCUUAUUGUGAGCCAAGAGGAACGGUUGAGAGGACAGUCUUUGGCGUCAGACUUGGCCUUGAGCGCUACCCUCAGUCAGCGGUGAUCCGAGGAAGGGGAAGAAUGAGCCCUCAGCAGCUGUCAGAGAGAGUGACGGUCGGGUGGUGCCUGGCACGAGGUGGAGGGCUCAGGUUCCGAAAUCAGAGAUUUGAGAUUAAAAAUGGCAGGAAAAUCAUCGCUUUUUAAAGUAAUUCUCCUUGGAGAUGGUGGAGUUGGGAAGAGUUCUCUAAUGAACCGAUAUGUGACUAAUAAGUUUGAUGCCCAGCUCUUCCAUACAAUAGGUGUGGAAUUUUUAAAUAAAGAUUUGGAGGUGGAUGGACACUUUGUUACCAUGCAGAUUUGGGACACGGCCGGUCAAGAGCGUUUCAGAAGCCUGAGGACGCCAUUUUACAGAGGUUCUGACUGUUGCCUGCUUACUUUUAGUGUCGAUGAUUCUCAAAGCUUCCAGAAUUUGAGUAACUGGAAGAAAGAAUUCAUAUAUUAUGCGGAUGUGAAAGAGCCCGAAAGCUUUCCUUUUGUGAUUUUGGGUAACAAGGUUGACAUCAGCGAGCGGCAGGUGUCUGCAGAAGAAGCUCAAGCCUGGUGCAGGGACAACGGCGACUAUCCUUACUUUGAAACAAGUGCAAAAGAUGCCACGAAUGUCGCAGCGGCCUUUGAGGAAGCAGUCCGAAGAGUGCUUGCCACCGAGGAUAGGUCAGAUCACUUGAUUCAGACAGACACAGUCAGCCUGCACCGAAAGCCCAAGCCCAGCUCAUCUUGCUGUUGAAGUUCGAGAGGUUGCCCGUGCGAUCUAACCAGCUCACACACAUGCACAGAUAAGCACAGGGUGGAGACGAGAAUUCGUGUUUGCAGCAAUGGAUCAUGUACUCAUAAAAUUAAACUAACCAUAUUGCUGCCUUGUUAGUGGGUGGGAGAAGGGACGCAUCCACUCACAGGAGAAUCUAUUUACUCAGUAAUGGCACCUUACAUUUAUAAGUUGUAACGGUUGUCUAAUAAUGUUUAAUUUAAAUGUGUAUGUCACAGAGCUAAUAAAUGAGAUGACCAAGACUUUACAAUUAAAACAAAACACUUGAGUAUUCUAGAAGUUACUGUUUUUUCCCCGGGAAAAUGGAGAACUACUUUUUCUAUGUGUGUAUUUUUAUGUAAUUAGCACUCUGUUCCUGGUUCAGGGAAAACAUGUCCUAAAGCAAUAAUGUUAGAUAUUAAAGAUUAAAAUCCAGUGCA